CCCGAUCGCUGCCGGAACACAGCCAGUCCGAAUCCAUUCGAAUCUCCAUUCCAAUCCAAUCCCAUCCAAAACCAGGAGCCGACGACGGCCAACCAACAAGGAAAGAAGCAAACAAGCAUGCAAGCAAGCAUGCACGAUAGCAAGGCCUCCCGUCUUCUGCGCUCCGGGGCUGUCUUUGCGGCGGCGCUCCUGGCCGCGGCGACGGCGACGGCAAUGGCGUGUGCGAUCGCCUGUUGGAACAAGGACCGCAUGUCCCUCCACGGCGGCCACCCUUUCACCACACACCCGCAUCAUCCUCAACACCACCGUCCGCAUCCGCAUCCGCACCCGGAUCCGGGCCCGGCCACCCCCGACCCGAGCAGGGGCCGGAACGGCCUCCCCAUCGACUACGUCCCGGAGAUCAGGCCCACCGAGUACACCCUGGCGGAUGACACCAUCGUCUACUCCUUUGGCGGCGGAACAAAGAAGAUCUCGAGCCUCUACUGGUCGGGCCAAGGCGGUGGCAAAGACGGAGACAUCGACAGAAACAGAAACAGCAACAAAAACAACGAGAGCAUCGGCCACAGCGAGAGCGACCUGGAUUCCAUCGAAGACCUCGAACGAGUCGACCCGGACGCCCGGGUCAUCGACCUCCCCUGGGAGCUCACGGAAGAGCUCCUCUCCUUCUGCGAGGGCACCGGCCUGAUGGACCUCUUUCGGUGGGCCGUCUCGGCCGACUACGACGACGAAUACGACGACGACGAACACGAAUACGAGAGCGACGCGCUGGAGCCCGGGGGAAAGGAGAGCGGCCUCUUCCACGGGGCCCCCUACGCCUCGGUCCCCCCCACCAAGUGGGCCAUCCGGAGGGCGAACUUUGGGACCGAUCCCUCUGCCGUCGACCUGCACUGGGUGGACGGGAUCGACGAGGCGACCUUCGAGGAGACCGUCUCGGUCCUGGCCAGGGGGGGCUUCGACGCCGUCCUGGAGGCGAUCGCCACCGACUUUGUCCCGAGGGGGGGCGGCUACGCCAUGGCCGGCCUGGGCUUUCUGGUGGUCUCCCGGUCGGUGGCCUCGGAGGUCCACGCGGACAACCCGGGGGGGAACUCGGGGCUCUUCAACCUCCUGGUCCCCCUGGUGGUCCCCCCUCCUCCGCUGGGGGCCGAGUUCCACCUCGGGAGCGAGGCCUCCAAGAAGGUCGCCCCCCUGGGCCUGGACCCCGGCGUGGGACUCCUCCUGGGCUCCGACACCCUCCACGGGACCCCCGACUGCGACUACCGGAGGCAAGGUGGCAACGGCAGAGGCAGCACCAAGAGCAACGGCAAACGCCACACCAACGCCGGAUACGGCAUGCGCGUCUUUGCCUCCAUCUACAUCACCGACGUCCGGGAAGACAACGUCGGCCUGGUGGCGGGGGACGGGACGGCCCUCUUCCCCAUCCCGGGCCAGGAGGGCUGGCUCCUGGCCCAGAGGUCCCGGUUCUCCGGGGGCCCCGGGAGCUUUGCCAGGGACCUGGGCCGGGAGCCCUUCCACCCGACCGAUGCCGACCCUCAGGAGUGCCCCCUCCUGGCCAGCAGGGGCUGGUGCGAGCCGGGGAGCGAACACCAUUCGAGGGUGGUGGCAACGCCGGUGGAGGGGAGGCCCUUGGUGGUCGCGGACCUCUCCGGGGGGGACAGCCCCUGGGAGGUCCGGCUGGCCUGCCCAAAGAGCUGCGGGGUCUACCUCGACGACGACACGGACUACUUCGACCGGUUCGCGGUGGCCCGGGAGGACUACUACCGGGAGGCCUUUUUUGCGUGACGUAAGAACGCGAAAUACGGAAUAUAUGUUCAUACAUAGAGGCGCCACCAACACGAGCGAAACGCGUGCAAACAGCUGGGCUAUUAUAAGAACAGCUGGAGCUAAAUAUAUCAGUCCGCUAUUUAUACCUCCUCCAAUGCAACAAAACAACGCAACAAAACGACGCGAAACGACGACCACCAAGUGCCUCGUGUCCGGCAGGAGCACCACGAAACCAUGCGGCGCUUGGACCCCUUGGGUUCCUUGGAGCAAGCACCGCUUCCACGCUGUACCGGCAGGCAGGCAGGUCGGGUCUGGUCUCCACCUCAAAAUGCGUGCCAUGCGAAAUUCAAUACCGCAACCUACGGUAGGUAGGUAUGUUAAAGGAGAGCGAUGCCUGCCUCGAGAUGGAACGGGCCCGUCCGGAGCGGGUCGGUCUCGAACUAGGCGCCCGGUCUACGGGAAACAAAAUAACCAUUUAGAAUUUAU